AGGCGAGCCUGCAGCGUGAGAAACCUCAAGCAUUUAAGGGACUUUGUGGAUAUUUUGGUGCGGCCAUAUUGCAGAGCAGUAAAUUGUGCUCGGUUUGGGGAUGGCACGCAGGCAGCAGGUCAGAAGAAUUUGAGGCGUGACUGGAGGGGCUGCCCCAACUCAGGUCUGUUCCUUGUUAAACUGUUCAACUGGGAGCCGUUUUCAAGAGGAAGGGGAACGAACAAAUGGUUCAGCCUGAAAACUAUGUUAGAAAGAAAGUUCAUCAGUCGACAGAGAAACUAUUGUUCUUGCAAGCAACAUGGCCUCCUUCGACAGCAACGAGUCCAGCCAAACCAAUUUCAGCGCCUUCUACUGUGAGUUCAGUGAAGAAUUCAAAUACAUCCUCCUUCCCGUCAGCUACGCUCUGGUGUUCGUGAUCGGCCUGGCGCUCAACGCCACGGCGCUCUACGUGAUGGUGUUCCGCACCAAGCGCUGGAACCCCGCCACCAUCUACAUGUUCAACCUGACCAUGUGUGACACGCUCUACGUCCUCACUCUGCCCUUCCUCAUCUACUACUACGCCGACGAGAACGACUGGCCCUUCAGCGAACCCUUCUGCAAGGCCAUACGCUUCCUGUUUUAUGCCAACCUAUAUGGUUCCAUUCUGUUCCUGUGCUGUAUCAGUCUGCUCCGAUUCAUCGGCAUCUGUUACCCCGUGCGCUCCCUCGGCUGGGUCAGCGCUCGCCAGGCCAAGCUGAUCUCAGUGGCAGUGUGGGCCUGUGUCUUACUGUGCCAAGCGCCUGUCCUCUACUUCUCACGAAUCAGGGACACGGAAAGCGAGCGACUGUGCUACGACACCACCAGCCCGGAGCUGUUUGACGACUUCCUGGUGUACAGCUCCGUGGUGUCUGUGAUCAUGUUCGCCUUGCCCUUCAUGGUGGUGAUGGUGUGCUACGGACUCAUGGUGAGGAAGCUUCUGGAGCCGGGAGCGGGAGGAGGGGAGAGGGGCGGCCGGAUCGCCUCCAGAUCCAAACAGAAGUCAGUGAAGAUGAUCAUCAUCGUGCUGGCUGCGUUCAUGCUGUGCUUCCUGCCCUUCCACCUCACCAGGAGUCUGUACUACUCCUUCAGAUACCUGAGGCAGGUCAACCCGGCACAGGUUAGCUGCAGUUUGGUGGAAGGCUCCAGCGUGGCCUACAAGAUCACAAGACCUUUGGCCAGUGCCAACAGCUGUGUGGAUCCCAUCCUCUACUUCCUGGCCGGGCAGGACGUCCGCAGCAAUCUCGCCAGGAAGAACAGACUGUCUUCGCCGAAAUCAAAAAACCGGAACCAAAACUUGACGACACAACUCUGAGCAGAUGGCUGGAACUAUCUGAGAGUCAGACCAUCUCCAAGAACUCUGAGUGGCUGUUUGUCAAUCCUCUCUCAAGGCUGAUACUGUAUCUGCACAAUUACACUGUUGUCAUUUUCACUGAGACUGAAAAGAGAUGCUCUGGAGGUAAACCAACAGAGAAUGUCAGGAUACCGAGGGAGAAGAAUUCAGCACAGGAUUUAUAGCAAUCGAGAAGAGUCUGAGUUGCGCAGAGAGCUGCAGGGAAGUAUGAAAACAACUGAGUGUGAGAGUGUGUGUGUGUGUGUGUGUGUGUGUGUGUGUGUGUGUGUGUGUGUGUGUGUGUGUGUGUGUGUGUGUGUGUGUGUGUGUGUGUGUGUGUGUGUGUAUGUUCCCACAGUCUGCAGGUGCAGGGAGUGAUGAGUCCGUCCUUUUUCCCAGCGCAUCCCUUCCUUAUCAGACACCGUGCGAACAGUGUAAAUGUACACGCGUCGUUUGCAUAAAUGAAAUUUAAACGCACGGUUGUUCACACCUAUGAGCAUUUUAGAGCAACCAGUUGACUUCUUAUGCAUGUUUCUGGAUUAUGGAGGGAAACGGAAGUACCCGGUCAUGCACAGGGAAAAUGUGCAACUCUGCACAAAGGCUGAGAAGCACUACUCCACAGACAUUUCCACAGAAAAUACACGAGAAUCACACGCUGCAUCUCUGACUGAAGGCAAUUCGCCCUUUUACUGAUUUAAGAAUAUGACAGAGAUGGUGCUGUAACAUGUGAGAUGCAAAACAUUUUUAACAAAACAUCUUUAGGAUUUCGACCGUUGUGCCCUAUGUUUGUACAUUUGAAUAUGAAAAAAUGCAUUUUCUGUGUUUUGAGUCUCCCUGAUGCCUUUGUGUAUUAUUUAAUUCAAAGUGAGUGAAGGAAAUUUGAAAUGUCUGGAAAAAAAAUUAUGACUCUGUGUUUGUGUUGAUAUUGUCCUUGUAGGUUUGAAAUCAUAUCGAGUACGGGAAUUGUUUUUUUUAUGGACAGAUGCCUCUAGAAUAGAUAAAAUACCAAACUUUGAAACUUCCAUAUAUCUUAGGAUUUAAUGCACAGACAAUAAAUUACUUAAAACCUUUUUCUUUCACUUCAUUAUUUUAUCAUAAGGUGUGGAAAAUCCAAAUGGUCGUGUCUCGGAAUAUUUCAUUUUUGACCAGAGGCUACAGUUUUCACGAUUAAAGAUGAGAGUCAAAAUAUGAAGGUGGAAAUAAUGUCAGCACAUCAGCAAUAAAACGAGAGAAAGCAGUUGAGCAGGUUUCACUGCGCUGCAGGCUGCAGCUGAUGUUUUGAACAGUGAGAGAAGAGUCAGUGUGUCUCAGCUGAAGUCCCGUCUCCCAGACCUGACCACCAGGGGGCGAUAUUACACAACUGACAGCUCAGUUCUCAAGGUGAAGGCUCAUUUUCCAAAACUUUUUAAACCUUCUGUUUCAAUUUGGAAUAUCAUUGAAAAGUAAACUAAUUGAUUUGUACAGAUUUAACAUAUAA